AUGAAGCUUAUAGAUGCGUUUUUCUGGAUGUUCGUGCGCUCGUUGGUAGAUGUGCGUGAGACACGGAAACUGUGCGUGAGGGUUCGAGAUCCUCCGAAAAACUUAGCAGCUACAAAUCCAUCGAAGAGGCAUCGCGAAAGACUAAAUGGAGAACUCGAAACAGUGGCAAUGCUUCUUCCGUACGAUAGUGCCACUAUCAGCAGGCUUGACAAAUUAUCAGUCCUUCGGCUCGCCGUUAGCUUCCUUCAAUGCAAAGCGCAUUUUCAAGCAUGCAUCCACAAUGCGAACUAUCUGUCUGGAUAUCCAAUCACGACGCAUUCAUAUCUGUACAAUCCGUCACCUGCGACGCCAUUCUCCAACAAGGUGCCAACCGUGUUCGAUCUCAGAAUUGGAACCCCAAUGUUCGACCACGAAGAAUCGGAUUUUGAGGACAUUGCACUCAAGGCUCUUGGGGGAUUCAUUUUGGUUUUGAAUGACAAUGGCGAAAUUUAUUACGCAUCCGAGAACAUUGAGCAAUUCCUUGGAUUCCACCAAUCCGAUGUAUUGCACCAGCCAGUUUACGAUCUCAUCCAUUCCGAGGAUCGCGAGGACAUUCGACAGCAGCUAGAUGCCAAUAUUCAUGUUCCUCCGACAUCUUCGAAUGCGCAUUUCGAUGUAUUCGCGCCGCAAAAUAGCAAAUAUUUGACAAGAAAUGUUAAUGCCCGAUUUCGGUGUUUGCUGGACAACACUUGCGGAUUUUUGCGGAUUGACAUGACCGGAAAAUUAUUCUCAUUGCACGGCCUUCCGCCAUCGUAUGUAAUGGGUCGCACCAAUGCUGGUCCCGUUUUGGGCAUGAUUUGUAUUUGCACUCCAUUUGUGCCCCCUUCAACAACUGAGAUUGCUUCAGAAGAUAUGAUAUUGAAGACGAAACAUCAAUUGGAUGGUUCAUUAGUUUCAAUGGACCCCAAGGUUUAUGAAAUGCUGGAAAUCACCGAUGCCGAUUUGCCGAUGAAGCUUUACAAUUUGAUACAUGUCGAAGAUGCGGUUUGCAUGGCAGAAGCUCAUAAAGAAGUCAUCAAAAACGGGUCAUCUGGAUUACUAAUCUAUCGUUUGAUUAGCCUCAAAUCGCGAAGAAUCUAUUUUGUCCAAAGCUCUUGUCGAUUAUUUUAUAAAAAUGGAAAACCUGAAUCAAUUGGGCUCACGUAUAGACUAUUGAACGAGGUUGAAGGGACAAUGCUUUUGGAGAAGAGAAGCUCUUUGAAAGCAAAAUUGCUAUCAUUCGAUGACACAUUCUUACAAUCGCCGAGAAAUCUUCAAUCAACUGCUGCUCUUCCACUUCCGCCGGUUGUCAAGGACGAAGAGGAUUUGAGUUUGCCGACCACAUGUCUUCCAUCGGCUUCAACAUUCAUACCGCCCUCGAUUCGACCCGCAAACCCAACAACAAAGAUCAAAAAGAAAAAAGAAGAGCUUCCGAUUCCGCCGCUUGUGCAGCCGUCGAACUUCGAGAUGUUUCCAAUGUUUUCAGCGGCGGCCAUUCCUCCAGAAUUUCCUCCGUAUCCGCAAUGGCCGCCACCCGAAGCCUACCCGAAUAAUCAUUAUAAUACAAAUGGCUAUUAUCAUCAUCAGCCGCAUAAUAUUCCGCAUAUGGGAAUGCCAAUGACACACGAAAUGCCACCAUUAGAGUAUAUAUGGAACAAUUCCGAGCAUAUUCCACCGCAUCCUUCGCAGCACGUGCCUGACCAUCGAAUGCAUUUUCCAAUGAAUUUCGAAUCGCCCAAGGCCGGAUUCUCGACGCCGUUCGGAUUUGGAGAACACCCGAAGCAUGAUGGAUUUAAUAUUAUUUCUGAAGUUACAAGCUUACUUGGGGGAUGA